AUGUACCAGGAAAGCUUAGGUGGUGAACCAACAUGUAUUUUGGCGGCGAGCCGUGUAGCUGGUCGAGUGGCUGCAAAAGAAAUGAAAGAACUUGAUCAAAUACCUAUCUUCAGCUCGAGCACACAUUUCCGUCCGGACACUGCUGCUGGUCCACCAUUGCUGGAAAAGUACAACACUGCGCCAUCCAGAUCUUCGCCACCACCAGUAACUUAUGUUCGCGAGCACACCUAUCGAGUGACAAGUGCCUAG